AUGCCAGAAGUAAGCAAAAUUGACAAGUGUACAGCGAAGAGAAAAGUCGCGAAAGCUAGCGUGACAAGAAAUAUGAAUCGUGUCAGAGAGCUGAUCUCUAGCGAUGGAAGUGUUUCGAAAGUCCGACAGUUUGCCAAAGGUGUAGAAGAAGGUCGUACGAAAACCCGUGACCUUACGAAAGAACUGGAAGAGCUUGAUCCAGCGUCAAUUGAGACUGAUGGUAGCUGGUUAGAAGAGGUAGAAUUUGAUGUCAACGAAGUCCUGGGAGAAGUUGCUGAAUAUUUAUUAAAGUCUGAGAGCCCAUCGCCAAACGAACAGUCUAGUAUUACACCACCAACUGCUCAGAAUAAUGAUGAAAAUACUGAAACUGUGAACGAUUCAAUGUCUGGGAAAAGAACUGGUCUGAAAGGUGUUGAAAUCCCAUCAUUCGAUGGAAAACCAGAUAAGUGGCCGUACUUUUGGGGAAUAUUUAGUUCUCUUGUCCAUAAAAACGAUAAACUAACGCCAGCAAUCAAGCUAGCUCAUCUGAAUAGCUGUUUAACGGACAGAGUACGUGAAGUUAUUGCAUGCCUGACCGGGGAGCCUGGGGACUAUGACAGGGCAGUGAAACAACUCGCUGAUAGGUAUGGGGACCCCAGAGAAAUUAUAGAUGCCCAUUUGCGCAGAAUAAGUUCUUGGCCCCACAUUAAGGAUAAGGAUCGUGAAGAGUUUCAACGCUUUGCAGAUGCAUUACAAGCAGCUGUGUUUGCACUAGAUAAACCUGACUAUAGGCAUGAAUUAGCUAGUAUACCUCUUUGUACCUUGUUGGUUCAAAAACUCCCACCUAGAGAAAGGGAUGAAUGGGUAAAACAAGUUGAGAGUGAAGAUUACUCGGAAGACAUGAAGGGUUUAGCCAAGUGGGCCCAAGUUAGAGCCAAAACCAUGCGUAAACGUGAGCGAUACAAUAUUGAGCCGCCAGAUAAGGGUAAAGAGUCAACUAAUUUUCAGCCACCAAGUCGCAUGCGAGGUAGGGUCCAUGCUCUACGCACAUCUGGAUUUGAUCCAGAACACCAAAGUUUAAAAAAUUGUCCAUUGUGUGAUAAAAAACACACUGAAGUCUCAUGCCCUUUGUUUUUUGAUAGUUCUGUUGAGAAACGUUGGGAAAUUGUAAAAAAUAAAAGGGUAUGUUUUGGUUGUUUGAAACCUGGCCACCAACGGCGCCUGUGCACAAAGUCCUCCAAAUGUGGGGUAGACUCAUGUGACAAAGGCCAUCAUUAUUUAUUGCACAGUUCUAAGUCUAAGCAUGAGAAACCAUCUGAUGACCCACCCAAGACCCCAGAGGAAAACAAAGCAAUGUAUUGUGGGAAAGCACAAAUCAGCACACCCAUAAGUGAGAGGGUUGCCCUGAAAACUGUAUCUGUCCCAUUUAUAGAUGAUUCUGGAAGGGUAGUCAAUGGUUUGGUACUUUUAGACUCAGGAAGUGAGACCACACUUGUAAGAGCAGGGUUUGCAAAUCAGUUAGGCAUAAAGGGCCCUAAGCAAAGUCUUACUGUGGAUGCAGUAGGAGGGGUACGCACCGUAGUGAAAUCACAACGUGUACAUUUACCAUUUGCACCACCCAUUACAAAGGCAAAAAUAACAGGGUGGACCAUUAAUAAUAUAUGUGCUCCUGUCCCAGAUGUUAAUUGGCCUGAGAUUAAGCAUAAUUAUGCCCACCUAAAUGAUGUCCCAAUAGAGCCACUAAGUAAGGGCACUGUUGAUGUCCUGUUAGGGUUAGAUGCAGCUGCAUUAAUGGCACCCGUGCAAGUUAGACACGGGGGGCAUUUAGAGCCAUAUGCAGAGUUGACACCCUUAGGUUGGGUGAUUGCCGGCCCAGUCCCCGCCUCCAAUGGUCAGGAGAAGCGUGUCCUGUGUGUCCACGUGUCGGAGGACGAAGGCGAUGCUAAUCGAGAGUUACGAAAGUUCUGGGAUGUGGACAGUUUCGGUGUUCGGGCAGAGAUUAAGUCACCUUACACGCCUGGUGAGCAGAAAGCCUUGGACAUUCUUGAUCAAUCAUGCAAGCAGCAGGAGUUUGGUUAUCAACUCGGACUUCUUUGGAAAACGAACAGACCUAGUUUACCUAAUAAUUAUGACACUGCCUUGAAACGCCUAGAAUCGGUUGAACGUCUUUUGAAGGAUCCGAAGUUAGCUGAGGGAUAUUUAAAAGCGAUAAAUGCAUAUGUUGAAAAGGGAUUUGCACGCAAGUUAUCGGAAGAAGAGCGCGUAAAACAUGGUGAACAGUGGUUCCUACCCCAUCACCCGGUUCUCUCCCCACACAAACCCCUACCGAGAGUAGUAUUUGAUUCCGCAGCAAAACAUGGUGAUAUCUGCCUUAACGAUUGUCUUCAAGCUGGACCCAGUCUCCACAACGAUUUACCUGGCAUACUGAUGAGAUUCCGUGAGAAACCUGUUGCGCUUACUGGUGAUGUGUCGGAUAUGUUCUGUCAUGUGCGAUUAGAACCGGAGGACUGUAAAUACCAUCGUUAUUUAUGGCGCGGAUUGGAUAUGUCGAGACCACCUGAUGUGUACGAGAUGAACUGUCUGGUGUUUGGAGAUAAAUCUUCACCCUGCGAGGCAAACUAUGCUGUGAUUCGCACCACCGAAGACAACAAGGAAGAAUGGCCCGUCGCAGCCGCAGUGGUCAAGCGUGAUAUAUUUGUUGAUGAUUUAUAUACGUCCUGUUAUGAUGAUGAUGAAGCAAUAACCUUGCGGAAGGAUGUGACAAAUUUGAUGGCGAAGGGUGGAUUCCCGAUGCGCAAGUGGCUCUCGUCGUCACGAAAGGUCCUGGAAACAAUACCCGAAGAAGAAAGGGCUGUCCCAAACAAGAACGUGAAUAGUGGAGAACUUCCGUCAGGGCGUGCGUUGGGGGUGAAAUGGGAUGCAAAGUCCGACAAUCUAGGCUUUGCAUUAGCACACAUUGAUCGUCCGAAGGCGCAAAAUACAAAGCGAGGUAUUCUGAAAAGAUUGGCUGCAUUGUACGACCCGUUGGGCUGGGCUAGUCCGUACGUUGUCCGUGCCAAGAUUCUUCUGCAACGCACCUGGUCUCGUGGCCUCCAGUGGGAUGAACAACUUCCACCGGACUUAGCAAUUGAAUGGCAGAAGUGGGAGGAGGAGAUGAUUUGGCUCAAAGCUUUCUCGGUCCCGCGCUAUAUCUACCGUGAGCCUUCGAAAGUCUGGUCUAAGUUUCUCAUAGUCUUUUGUGAUGCUUCAGAAGUAGCCUACGCCGCUGCUGCCUUUAUACGUGCAAAGUCAACCGAUGGAGAUUACGUGUGCCAUUUGAUUAUGUCGAAGACUCGUUUAAUGCCGCUCAAGACAGUCUCUAUUCCGCGCGGAGAAUUGAUGGCUUGUCAACUUGCUGUCCGACUGGCGAAGUCUGUUUGUGAGCAACUGGGACUUGACAAGUGUCGUGUCAAGUAUCUGUCUGAUUCCACGACUGCGUUAUGGUGGAUCAAGAGUGAGCCAAGGAAAUUUCGUCCAUUUGUUGCCAAUCGAGUGGCAGAGAUCCUGUCGGAGAGUGAUCCAAUUCAGUGGCAUCACAUUGGCACGAAGCUGAAUAUUGCAGAUAUUGCGAGCAGAGGAACGUCUGUAGCUGAUAUUUCCGCUGAUUCAACCUGGAUUCAGGGACCAGAGUUCUUAAAGUCUGAGUUCUCUGAGUGGCCUGUUGAUAAAGUUGCAGUUGAUUUUCCAGAGCCAAGUCAAGCGGAGUUGAAGAAAUCGGUUUUGAAGGCAAAGGUCGCACCAGCGAAGCCAGUUAUUGAUCCUGCCGCGUAUUCUAGCUGGAUCAAACUCACCCGAAUAACCGCAUGGAUAUUUCGCAUGUGUAACAAUCUGCGCAACAAAGAGAAACGAAUAUCGGGACCGUUGACUGUGGACGAACUCGAUAAUGCUAACUUGUACUGGAUCAGAUGGGGCCAGAGCGAUCGCUUCCAAGACGAAAUCGAAGCGUUGAGAAAGGGUCGUCCGGUUCCACGAGAUAGUCGUAUUGCAAGUCUCGAUCCCCAACUCGUGGACGGUGUUUUACGGGUAGGCGGCAGAAUCGAAAAGGCGGAAAUUCCGUGGGAGUCGAAGCAUCCAGUUAUAUUGGACCACGGACAUGAUGUCACCCGGUUGAUCGUGAUCCACUACCACCGAAAACUUAUCCACGCGGGAGUCGAACAUGUCUUUAAUCACGUACGUGAGAAAUACUGGAUUUUGCACGGUCGAGCCGAAGUUAAGAACUGUACAGUUAAGUGCCCACUAUGUUUUCGCCGUCGUGUUAAACCUAUGACGCAGAAAAUGGCUAAUUUACCGAAUGUACGUCUCGCAGGCGCAAGUGUUCCUUUUCGACACGUUGGGAUUGAUUAUGCCGGACCGUUUGAGACUCGAAUUGGACGCAAUCGAAAGGAAAAACGCUAUAUUUGCUUAUUUACGUGUCUCCAUAUGCGCGCGGUUCAUCUCGAGGUCGCACAUAGUUUGGACACUGACUCGUGUAUAAUGGCGUUGCGACGAUUUCAAGCUCGUAGAGGAGUCCCUGUUUGUAUAAUGAGUGAUAAUGGGACAAAUUUCGUAGGUGCCGAAAGAGAGUUGCGCGAAGCGUUGGAAGAUCUGGAUCAAGAGAAAAUCUCGAAUGAGUUAACAGCACGUGGAGUACGUUGGAUCUUUAACCCGCCUGCUGCCCCAUGGUUUGGAGGUGCCUGGGAAGCGUUAGUAAAGUCUGUCAAACGGGCAUUGAAAGUUAUGCUUGGGAAUGUUCUCACAGUCGAUGAAGUUUUCCUUACUGUCAUUGCCGAGGUAGAAGCGAUGCUGAACUCUCGUCCGCUUGUCUAUGGUGGAAGCAGUGAUUCACCAACAGAUCUCAGCGUGAUUACACCAAACCACUUCUUGCAUGGUCGUGCGAGUUGA